UACACCUUGCGGUAGGCGCAGAGCGGUAGCCGCGGCAGCAGCCAGGGGGUUUGUGCACAGGGAGAGGCAGACUUAGGGACCAGCAGACGGACGGACCGACAGAGAGGACCCUCCUCGAGCCCCCGCGCCAUGGCCGAGAGGAAGCAAUCCGGGAAGGCGGCGGAGGACGAAGAGGUCCCUGCCUUUUUUAAAAACCUGGGCUCAGGCAGCCCCAAGCCCCGGCAGAAAUUCUGUGGCAUGUUCUGCCCCGUGGAAGGGUCCUCGGAGAACAAGACCAUCGACUUCGACUCGCUGUCGGUGGGCCGGGGCUCGGGGCAGGUGGUGGCUCAGCAGCGGGACGUCGCCCACCUGGGCCCGGACCCGCAGCCUCCGUACUCCCGGCAGGGCCGGCGCGCCGGCGGGGAGCCAUCUGUUGAAUCGAGCCGGAAGGUGGAGAUCCGGCGGGCCUCGGGCAAGGAAGCCCUGCAGAACAUCAACGACCAGAGUGAUCGUCUUCUGAUCAAAGGAGGUAAAAUUGUUAAUGAUGACCAGUCAUUCUAUGCAGACAUAUACAUGGAAGAUGGGUUGAUCAAGCAAAUAGGAGAAAACCUGAUUGUACCAGGAGGGGUGAAGACCAUUGAAGCCCAUUCCAGGAUGGUGAUCCCCGGAGGGAUUGAUGUCCAUACCCGCUUCCAGAUGCCUGAUCAGGGAAUGACCUCCGCUGAUGACUUCUUUCAAGGCACUAAGGCAGCCCUGGCUGGGGGAACCACCAUGAUCAUUGACCAUGUCGUUCCCGAGCCUGGGACAAGCCUGCUGGCUGCUUUCGACCAGUGGAGGGAAUGGGCCGACAGCAAGUCCUGCUGCGACUACUCUCUGCACGUGGACAUCACUGAGUGGCAUAAGGGCAUCCAAGAGGAGAUGGAGGCCCUGGUGAAGGACCACGGGGUAAAUUCCUUCCUCGUAUACAUGGCUUUCAAAGAUCGUUUCCAGCUAACAGAUUCCCAGAUCUAUGAAGUAUUGAGCGUGAUCCGGGAUAUUGGUGCAAUUGCCCAAGUCCACGCAGAAAAUGGCGACAUCAUUGCAGAGGAACAGCAGAGGAUCCUGGAUCUGGGCAUCACGGGUCCCGAGGGACAUGUGCUGAGCCGGCCUGAGGAGGUUGAGGCGGAAGCUGUGAAUCGUUCAAUCACCAUCGCCAACCAGACCAACUGCCCUCUGUACAUCACCAAGGUGAUGAGCAAGAGCGCGGCCGAAGUCAUCGCCCAGGCCCGGAAAAAGGGAACCGUGGUGUAUGGCGAGCCCAUCACCGCCAGCCUGGGAACUGAUGGCUCCCACUACUGGAGCAAGAACUGGGCCAAGGCUGCUGCUUUCGUCACCUCCCCGCCCCUGAGCCCCGACCCGACCACUCCGGACUUUCUGAACUCCUUGCUGUCCUGUGGAGAUCUCCAGGUCACUGGCAGUGCACAUUGUACUUUCAACACCGCCCAGAAGGCUGUGGGGAAGGACAACUUCACCCUGAUCCCUGAAGGCACCAAUGGCACCGAGGAGCGGAUGUCUGUCAUCUGGGAUAAGGCUGUGGUCACUGGGAAGAUGGACGAGAACCAGUUUGUGGCCGUGACCAGCACCAACGCAGCCAAAGUCUUCAACCUUUACCCCCGGAAAGGCCGCAUUGCUGUGGGAUCCGAUGCUGACCUGGUCAUCUGGGACCCCGACAGCGUUAAAACCAUCUCUGCCAAGACCCACAACAGCUCUCUUGAGUACAACAUCUUCGAGGGCAUGGAGUGCCGUGGCUCUCCACUGGUGGUCAUCAGCCAGGGGAAGAUUGUCCUGGAAGAUGGCACCCUUCAUGUCACCGAAGGCUCUGGGCGCUACAUUCCCCGGAAGCCCUUCCCUGAUUUUGUUUACAAGCGUAUCAAGGCAAGGAGCAGGCUGGCGGAGCUGAGAGGGGUUCCUCGCGGCCUGUAUGACGGACCCGUGUGCGAGGUGUCUGUGACACCCAAGACGGUCACUCCAGCCUCCUCCGCUAAGACCUCUCCUGCCAAGCAGCAGGCCCCGCCUGUCCGGAACCUGCACCAGUCUGGAUUCAGCUUGUCUGGCGCCCAGAUCGACGACAACAUUCCCCGCCGCACCACCCAGCGCAUCGUGGCUCCCCCUGGUGGCCGCGCCAACAUCACCAGCCUGGGCUAGAGUUCCGGCCGCAGUCCGCCUGGGGAUGGGGGAUGGGACACCUGAAGACAUUCUGAGACUUUCUUCCUUCCUUCCUUCCUUUUUUUUUUUUUAAGAGCCUGUGAUAGUUACUGUGGGGCAGCCAGUUCACGGGGGGCUCCCUCUAGGGCCCCGCACUCCGUCCCUCACCUGGAGUCACUGAUUUUGCUCACCCACUUCCCUACACAUCUACGAAUAUCACACCCAAGUCUAUUCACCAACCCCAUACACAGAACUGCAUCCAACACUCAGACAUGCGAACAAAGCAAAUCAUAACGAGGGUGUUUUUCAUCUCUAACCUCUGUUGUACUUGUUGUCCUCUUCCUUUUCAUGGAGGGGAAGAUAAAGUGAAUUGGCCAGAGCUGCCUUUUUCUUUUUAAAUUUUAAAAAGUUUUCUUUGUGCGGCUGGGGAGGG